AUGGCGCACAUUGCAGCAGGCCGUAUGAUUCUGAUGAGGCAGAACGACAACAAAAAUGUCCCUACAGAGAAACUGGCCGUUCGCAAGCACAACAUUCUGGCUCAGGAGGCAAUGGCUAACUUCAAAUACAAGCCUAAUCCUGUUGACCCCCAAAAUCCAGUUCAGCCUAGGAAGGGGCUUCGUCUGGAGAGUAAUGGCGGCUACAUUAACAAGAUUCGCAUGGAUUCAGUCAGUGGCAAACCUAAGGAAGCCAAGAAAGUCCCUCUGGUUCGAACACACAGCAAGGUCUUCUUUAAACCAGCUGCAGGUCGGAAGAAAUCUGUCGCUGAGAAGAAGUUCACAGUUGAUGUGCCAGAUCAUGUUGCUCACGACAUGUCCCCUAUGGAUGUGGAUUCGCCGCUGGUGAUGAUUCGUAACAAGAUGACGAAGAAGCCGAUUCAUGUUCAGGACAUUGAUGCCAUGAAUGAUCCACUGAAGAGCUCCGUAUAUGCUCAGGACAUCAUUGAAUAUUUACAGGCGGUGGAACGUCGAUCUAUAUUCCCGAGUAACUUCUUGCUGGAGAAGAAUAGAGAAGUGACUCCGCAUGUAAGGACUGUCCUCAUGGACUGGCUCAUCCAAGUACAGAAUCACCAGGAGUUGUCUCAGUUCACCUUGCACUUGUGUGCCAACCUGAUUGACAAGUUCUUGGCAAAGCAGAGGGUGCUUCUCAACGUUGUCCAGCUAGUCGGAAUCACCGCCCUGCUUCUUGCUGCUAAAUACUAUGAGAGGUUCCCCCCGGAUAUUGUGGACCUGUGUCGGCUGACAGAUGACACAUAUGUUCCAGACCAGGUGUUAAAGAUGGAGCGCUGUAUGUUGCGUAAACUGGACUUUGACCUGAACAUGCCUGGCCCCAUCGUAUUUGUGGAGAGGUUUCUCAUGGUCAAUGACUGCGAGAAUAAACAUCUGAUUGAGAGCAUGUCUGUAUUUCUACUUGACCUAACAUUGACCGAGCUGAGCUACGUCCAUUUCUGCCCUUCCAUGCUGGCUGCCAGCGCAAUCUAUGUUGCUCGAGGGCUUCUGGCCUGCGCAGAACUGUGGAACCCAUCCUUUGUUCACUACACCAAGUAUACUGAGAAGGAUCUCGAUGAGUGUGUGCGCAUGAUCCGCAAAUCCCUCAGCAAGCUUGGCAAAUCCAAGUUUCAGGGAGCAAGGACAAAGUUUGCCCACCACAGUUACCAUGGCAUCAGUAAGCACCACUCCGUCCUGACGGCGAUCAACCUGUGGCCAGAGGAGGAGAAUGAUGUGUUUGAAUGCGAGGGCACACUUGUGUAA